GUGUUCUCAUCUAUAAAAUGGAGACAAGAGCAGUCUUACUUCAUAGGAUUUUUGUGAGGAUUAAAUGAGCUAAGACGUGUAUAUCAAGUACCCAAGAGUGGCCAGCAUGCAGUAAAGGCUCGUUUAACCAUCCAUGAAUUGUUGCCGUACAUCACCAAACCCUUCCUGGGUUUUUCCCACAGUAAACCUCUGCUGCUUUGGGUUUUUCUCAAUGAUGAAACCAUCAGAGCCAUUUGUCGUACCUUAUUUGGCAGGACCAGAUAAAAAUAUAAGCCUCAGCAUGAUCACCAAUGAGAUCUUUCCAAUUUGGACAUACUCUUACCUGGUGCUGCUUCUCCCCGUGUUCAUCCUUACCGAUUAUGUCCGCUACAAGCCAGUCAUCAUCCUGCAAGGGAUCAGCCUCAUCAUCACCUGGCUGCUGCUUGUAUUUGGCCAGGGAGUGAAGGCCAUGCAGGUGCUGGAGUUCUUCUAUGGCAUGGUCUCCGCCACCGAGGUGGCCUACUAUGCCUACAUUUACAGCGUGGUCAGCCCCGAGCACUACCAGAAAGUGAGCAGCUACUGCAGGAGCAUCACGCUGGUGGCCUACACGGCGGCCUCGGUGCUGGCCCAGCUCCUGGUGUCCCUGGCCAGUCUAUCGUACUUUUACCUCAACGUCAUAUCCUUGGUCUCCGUCUCGGUGGCCUUUCUUUUGUCACUUUUCCUACCAAUGCCUAAGAAGAGCAUGUUUUUUCAUGCCAAAUCCGGCAAAGAAGUACAGAAGCCACCGAACAAAAACGCGGCAUCAGAUGCACCUUACAAAGUUAACACAGCAGGCGGCGGAGAGAAACCCACUUCAGAAAUAGCCACCAUUUCAGGGAACCUGGAUGGUGGUCCGUCGAGCGGCCCGAUGCCAAAAAAUGUAGCGUUGAGUGUUUUUGUACAGUGGUUCCAAGAUUUGAAGGAGUGCUACUCCUCCAAGCGACUUUUCUACUGGUCCCUGUGGUGGGCCUUCUCCACAGCAGGUUUUAACCAGGUUUUGAACUAUGUUCAAAUCCUGUGGGAUUACAAGGCACCGUCCCAGAGUUCUACAAUCUAUAAUGGGGCAGUAGAAGCUAUUGCAACCUUUGGAGGGGCUCUGGCAGCUUGCACAGCAGGUUGUGUGAAAGUCAACUGGGAUCUCCUGGGAGAGCUGGCCCUGGCGCUGUUCUCAGCAGCAGAUGCAGGUUCUCUACUUCUCAUGCAUUACACGACUAAUAUUUGGGUGUGCUAUGCUGGUUUCGUGAUAUUCAAGUCAAGUUACAUGCUUCUCAUAACGAUAGCAGCAUUUCAGAUUGCUGUUAAUCUCAGCGUGGAACGCUAUGCCCUGGUGUUCGGAAUCAACACCUUCAUUGCCCUGGCGAUCCAGACUGGCAUGACUGUAGCUGUGGUUGGCAAACAGGGACUGGGGCUUCCGGUCAGCAUCCAGUGGAAAUGGUCUGAAGGCAAGUACCUUCAGAGGAAUGGGGUUGAGCGACUGCGUUUGAAGAAGGAGAAGAAAGUUUUUAAUUUAUGGGAGUUAUUUUUCUGUUAUUGCUGGAAUUUUCCUAAUGAGAAGCAUUUACAUAAUCUAUUCAGCCAAAUGCGGAAAGGAAAAAUGUAGGUCUACUACUGGUCAGAAUCCAAGCGAACCGGAGAAUUCAAUGUCCGAUAUGAACUCAGUAACACAGUUUUAGCCUGGUCUCUCCUACCAUGGACUCAAAGGACAGACGACUCUGAAAAUGUAUAGUGCUACACUACAUGGCAUUUUAAAUUUUUGUCCUAGAUUGAGAUACCAUAAAAGACAAGAUUAUCAUCAACCUCAUCAACACCACAUCAAAACCUCUGCUAUGGGCUGGUGAACUGGGUACAACCAAAAACUGAAGUCGACUAAGUUGAAACCAGCUAUCUUUAUGGCCUCGGUGAGCAACUGGGACCCUAAAUACUGUUUUAAUAUUUUCAAGUCCACCCCAAAAGAACAUGGAAAUCAGACAAAUGGGACCAGCCAGGAACAGAAACAUGAAAUAUACAGAGUGAAUGAUAUAUACUGGCUUUCUGUGCCCAACCUCAUAAACGUGUGAUUUGGUUUGAGCAGUAGAUAAAGAAGUUUCUAGUGCAGGCCUGAUGCAUAGUAAAUGAUCAACGUGUGAUAACCAUUAUUAUUAUGCUCAUACCGUAUACUAACAAAAAAGUUAGAAGGGGGGAAAUCAUUUAAUUCCUAUAAAAUGAGGCCAAAAAAUUAAGAAAAAAUUUUCUAUUAAACUUUACC